AUGCCUGGUGCCGAGUCAGUUCAGAAGAGAGGACGGCCGCGAAAAAAAGUGGACGAAACCCUUGAGGCACCCAACCAAGUUCUAAAAAGCAUUCUAACUCCAAGUAAAGGCAGGACGCCAAGACCGAAGAAGAGUGUGGUAUUCGACAAGACUGACGAGGUCGACUUGGGGUUCAAAGACAUCGACGCUGCGAGCACUAAGAAGUCCAUGGGAAAAGCUGUUGAUGAACCUGAAGCUGCAUCAGAUGCAGAAGAGUCUCCCGGAGUCGAAGACGCCUCCCCAGAGCAAGCAGAAAAGGGUGAUUCCGACGAGAGCGAUGACGAAUUCUGCAAAAUAUGUAUGGGGUUGAAAUCUACGAAGAAGAAUCAGAUCAUUUUCUGUGACGGAUGUGAUUUCAUGGUUCAUCAGAAAUGCUACGACGUCAAAGAAGUACCUGAGGGGUCAUGGUUCUGCAAAGAUUGCCAUCCAGAUGGAGAUGAAGAGCUGUCAAUCUCACAACUGGCUCCUGAAGCUGCUAUUUACUUGCCGGACAUCGAGGGAUUUGCUGAACAUUUAGAGCACAUGCAACGAGUUCUGUUAGAUAGACUUACCGGGCAGAAGAGAAUUAAGCUUUGCGGGCAUGACGAGGAGAUGCAAAAAGUCCAUCAAAUCGUAGAGCAGACGGUCUUAGCAGGUGAAGGCAACUCUAUCCUUGUGAUAGGCGCUCGAGGCUGUGGAAAAACUACUCUCGUCGAAUCAGUGAUUUCUGAAAUUUCGAAAGAUCAGCGAGAGAACUUUCAUGUCGUACGAUUGAAUGGAUUCAUUCAUACAGAUGACAAGCUAGCUCUGAAGGAGAUAUGGAGGCAGCUUGGGCGUGAGAUGGAGGUCGAGGAAGAUCCUUCCAACAGAACAACUAAUUAUGCAGAUACUUUGGCAUCUUUACUUGCUCUGUUGUCACACCCUUCAGAGAUAUCCGAGUCGUCUGCUGAUCAGACUGCAAAGUCUGUAAUCUUUGUUCUCGAUGAGUUUGACCUCUUCACAACACAUCCUCGCCAGACUCUGCUAUACAACCUUUUCGAUAUCGCACAGUCCAAAAAGGCUCCCAUCGCGGUUCUUGGCCUCACAACACGGAUUGACGUGAUGGACAGUCUCGAAAAGAGAGUGAAGAGCCGUUUCAGCCAUCGCUACGUACAUUUAUCAUUGCCUCGAAGUAUUCCUGCAUAUUGGGAAAUCUGCAAACAAGGUCUCACGAUUGACGCUGAUGAUGCAGUGGCAGAAGGCUUUGAUGGGGACUCUGGUCAGGAUGAAUUUCUCUCCUUUUGGAACACCAUGAUUGAGCUCUACAGCAAAGAUGUAAACUUCAAGACCUUGAUCGAGUCGCAGUUCUAUAGAACGAAGUCCGUUCCUGGCUUCUUCACAUCCUGCAUUCUUCCCAUCUCCAGCCUCUCCACCAAGAAAUUCAAACUUGACAGUCUUGCAUUUACAUCAAACACUCUGGCUGUUUCUCCGCCAGACUCCAAGCUUCACACAUUGCAGGGACUGUCCGAACUCGAGCUCGCACUCCUGAUUGCAGCCGCACGCUUAGACAUCAUCUUAGAUACAGACACUUGUAACUUCGCUAUGGCCUACGAUGAAUACAGCUCUCUUACAUCUCGACACAAGAUUCAAACUUCAAGCUCGGGUGUCAAUGCCCUCGGAUCCAGUGCUAAAGUCUGGGGUAGAGAUGUUGCUUUGGGAGCUUUGGAAAGACUUGCAGAGUAUGACCUGCUCGUCCCUGCUGGUAUGGGUGCCGGCGUGAAAGACUCUGGCAUCGCUGGUAGGAUGUGGAGGGUUGACGUAGGACUUGAGGAGAUCACGGGAAGUGUGGACAGUAUCAGCACCGUUAUGGCAAAGUGGUGCAGAGAAAUCUAA